AUGGUUGAAACUCCAAACGAGAAUUAUGUGGACAAGCUUCGGGCACCAGAACGGUUGAGUUCGGGCUCAAAUUCGCACCAAUCAUCUCCAUUCAUUAUAAGGGCAACAACAGAUCCAACAACAAGUGUGAAUCUAACGUCUUCGUUUUCGUCAGCAUCACGCCCAUUUGCUGAUGAUGCAAGCGUGUAUAUGGAUUUGGCAUCGGAGCAGCAGUCGGUGAGCACAAGCCGUCGCCAUUUGGAACAUCAAUUAUUACAGUCAAUGCGAUCGCUUGACCUUUCACCGCGAGGUCAUGCUGUUAGCAACGAAAUUCCAUCUUUAUUCGAAACAAGGGAUCCGGAUAACGAAUCACAAGGCCCCUUACCGCAGGAGAAACAAUUUUUUAUACUAUCAUCAGCGGGAAAGCCCAUUUUCUCAAUGCAUGGCAAAGACGAGCUUGUGAUGGGACUUAUGGGCAUUAUACACACGGUUGCAAACUAUUUUAAGGUGCACGAUACCAAGAUUCACUCUAUUACAAAUUCUGGCGGAGGUUGCAUCAAGCAGAACCUCGUAUUCAUCGACAAAAAUCCCAUCCUUUUGAUGGCAGUGUCAUCUCGCGAAGAGUCGUUAAAUGACCUUUCACAGCAACUGGAUUUUUUGUACUCAUACCUUAUUUGCACUCUUAGCCGGCGCCAGCUCACUCGAUUGUUUACGAAGCGGGAAAACUUCGAUCUCCGUCACUUCCUCACCAAUACUGACUUCGAGAACUUGACACAUAUAUGCGAAUCCAUAGCCAACGGGUUCAAUCCGGACUUUCUGUUAGGAGCUCUUAGAUGUCUCACGAUGCGAAAGUCAACUCGCCAAGCUGUGCAUACUGCUAUGCUGACCCACGUACAGCACGCCGAAGUCGCCAGUGAAAGAGGAACGGUUUUGUACGGGCUCAUAGUUGCACCGGGAGGGCAGUUAUGUGCCGUACUUAGACCAAGAGGCCAUACCCUGCACACAACAGACCUACAUCUCUUAUUUUCGCUCAUAUUCAAUCAAUAUCAGGGAUUGCAAGAUGAUCAAGAACUCUGGCUACCCAUCUGUUUCCCAAAAUUCAAUUCCAGCGGAUUUUUGCAUUGUUUUAUCAGGCGCUUGCCUCCCCACCUUACUAGAACUAGCCCAGACCUUACAGCGGCUGGCUCCGAGACUCCACUUGAGGAUAAUCGGGAAGUUUCCUCCUCAACACCGGCUCUUGUGCUAAUAAGUGCGCAGAAGGAGAGCUUUUUCGAACUCAAGAAAAUUGGUCAGCAGAUUGUGGAUGAUCUUGUCAGCAAGAGUCUUCUCGAGCAAAUUGAAAGAGCAUCCAAAUUUGGCUUCACCAUGGCCGAUAUACCUGCAAAAUUUGUCCAUCACUUCAUCUAUAAGUCUAAGAAGCACGUUCAGUAUGUCAUGCCGCGACUUGAAGAGCUUGACCUAUACAAUAACGAUCCGUAUGAUGAUAGGACCAGCACUUUUACUGCGAAUUACAGAGAUGACCAAGGUGAAUAUGAACGCCCUGACAGCCACAAACGAGAGAAGCAUAAAGUCUAUCUCUACAAACUAAUGCGAACUUACACUCACAUCAGGAACAAUGUCAUUGACCAAAAUGGUGCCCCGCUCAAUAGAUCUGUUUUGAGUUUUAUACAAUGGUCAAGUGACGGCCUGCCAAUGAAUGGUCUGCCGCAUGGUGAAGUUGUUGACGUAUUAUGUUUAGCAUGGCUCACACCGACUUUUGAGUUGUUUUUGAUAUGCAACAACGGUGCGAGUGAUCGGAAUGCCGUAUUGAGAAGUGCAAAAGCGAUUGUUGACUGGUGUCGUAGAAACGAGGACAGGUUGUUUGUUAAGAAUGGUGCGAUUUUUUGA